CCGCUCUCCGUGCCCACUUGCGCUCGCAGCCUCCUGCCCGUUCGCUGCUCUCCGCUCUCCUCUCUACACCUAUCUCCCUCUAUUGCACACACACACACACACACGCACACACACACACACACACACACACACACACACACACACAUGCAUGCAUACUCUCUCCCCCUCUCUGGCUGUCUCCCCUCUCUCAGUCACACUUUGUCCUGUGCAGACUUCAGGAGCCCCGGAGAGGAGAUGAUAUUGGUGGUGAUUCUUUUGGAGCUUUAGUGGUGAUUUUUUCUUGUUGCUCUUUAUAAAAAGAAAAAGAAUACUCGACUCAGAACAAUGUUGAUGCAACAGAAGCUCUUCCCUCUGCGCUGUGUUGAUCUGCCUGCCUGCUGCCUAGAAUCAGUCCAUUUUGGGGGGAUUUAAGCGACAGAGAGUGUGCUGCGCCGGCUGUGCGCUCUGCGGUUCUGGUGCGCUGCAUCUUCUUCUUCUCCUCCUCUUUAUCUCUCUGAAGGAUGCUCAGUUCUCUCCACAAUCAGGAAUAUUACUCCAACAACUACAAAUACUCUCGCUGCUGCCGUCCACUUCUCUACCCCAACCAGAUCGCAGUCUGAGGCGCCCUGAAGGGAAGAAGAAGCAUGUCAGAGGCACCCGUGUUGCACAUGGAAAUGAGCCGACUGCUGCUGGUUCUGCUGGACUCCAGCCUCUAAACCAGACUUGAGAUUAUCCGCAAAUCACAGAAAAAAGCUCUGAUGAAAUUAGGGAUCCUAAGAGUUCCUUUCUGACAAGCCAGAGAUUCCUGUGUCACUGUAUCUCGAGGAGCACCAGCUGCUUAACCAGCUCUAUGCUUUUCUGACUUGUCCAAGACUACGAUUUUGGCAUCUGACUAAGGAGAGAUCGGUGGCAUAUCAUGGGAAAAGCUCUUUUCGACGGUAACAUGCUCGGAUGUGAUGGGAAAGUCAUGUUGGCCGUGAGCGCUUAGAGUCAGCGGGGAGACAGAGGCUCCAGUGUAACGAGAGAGAGGCCUUACUGUGCUGUGACUCAGAUGAACACAGCAGUUGUUGGGGAAAAGGUGAUUAGAGAAACCCCCCGGACCCUGUCAGAACCUCCGAAUCAGCACACUCAUACACUGAGAUGACCCAAGAACAGUGCACUCAUAGGAACAAUGUCCAGAGUUCAGAGAAACCACAAGUGUACAAAGUGGGAAUAUAUGGCUGGAGGAAACGCUGCCUUUACUUCUUCGUCCUACUGCUGAUGAUCCUGAUCCUGAUCAACUUGGCACUAACUAUCUGGAUCCUCAAAGUCAUGAACUUCACCAUAGACGGCAUGGGCAACCUGAGAAUAACAGAGAAGGGUCUGAAACUGGAAGGGGCCUCUGAGUUCCUCCAACCCCUCUAUGCCAAAGAAAUCCACUCCAAACCAGGCCGCCCACUGUUCCUGCAGUCGUCCAGAAACAUAUCGGUCAAUAUCGUCAACAGCAACAACCAGCUGCUCACACAACUUGUAACAGGAUCCAGUGGCUUUAAAGCACAAGGCAAGAUGUUUGAAGUCAAAUCCACCUCCGGGAAGCUCCUCUUCUCUGCCGACGAGCAGGAAGUAGUGGUGGGCGCCGAGAGGCUCCGGGUGAUGGGGGCCGAAGGAGCCGUGUUCAGCAAGUCAGUGGAGACGCCACACGUCAGGGCCGAGCCAUUCAAAGAGCUGAGACUCGAGUCUCCCACUCGCUCCCUAGUGAUGGAGGCUCCUAAAGGCAUCCAGAUCCUGGCUGAGGCAGGAGACAUCCAGGCUAUCUGCAGGAACGAGCUGCGACUGGAGUCCAAAGACGGAGAGAUCUCUCUGGAUGCUCGGAGGAUUCGCCUGAUGCGGCUGCCUGAGGGGAAAGCCUCCACCAGCUCCUCAUCCUCUGGGAACAGGCAGACUGUCUACGAGGUUUGCGUUUGUCCCAACGGGAGGCUUUUCCUGUCCCAGGCUGGCAUUGGAUCCACCUGCCAGAUCAGCAACAAUGUCUGCCUUUAGGACUGAUACAUACAAAUAUAAAUAAAUACACAGAUAUCCUGAAAGAAAAACGGGCAAAAACAGACAGAAGUACACAUAUUGCCUGCCUCCAGGAUCAAUAAACAGCAAACACUAGAUACAAAGACUGCCUGAUCUGUACCUAUACAGACACACUAAUGUAUACACAUUACAAUUACACUCUCAGACUGAUGUUUAGGCUAAACCGAUAUGUUUUAACAGGCCAGUACCGGAAAUUUUGGAUUCAAGCUGCUGACAGCUGGUCUUUUGUGCCAAUAUUUCAAUGCUAAAAGAUAUUUUCUCCCUUAAUUUUCUACGUUUCAGAGUGGAAAACCUUUAAAAACAGUAUUUAGAGCAUCAUGGGACACUAAAACUCUCCACUGUGUCGUACACAUCUCUCUAAGCUCUUUAUACACACAGCACUGCAGGAGUUAUUAGGCUUUUAAACUGAAUUACAUGAAUAAAAAAAAUUAAAAAAUCUUUGCAACUUUUUUAUACAACUGAGGUUAUAUUUGGAAUAUACAUAGGACACUGAUUGGCUGUUUGAUAAAAGGACAUAAAUGGAAAUAUAUCGGUCUGACCCCAACAGUCAUACAUGACACCGCUAUUUAUUAAUAGCAUACACACAUAUGGCAGAUGCACACACUAGCUUACAGACAUGCAUUCACACAGUAUACAUGUAGUGUACGUGGUGUACACACACACACACACACACACACACACACUGACACUCUUUGCUCGUAGGAGCCUCCUGGUAGAACCUGAGAAGAAAAUCUCCAGAGAUUUACGAGAAGAGACACCGAUCUGUUCCCUUUCUCCCUCAAGCGCAUAUCAGUACGAGAAUCACUAGGGUGAUCACCCAUUGCAACAGGCCCUGCCCACUCCCCCUCCCCAUUUUCCUCGUCUUCUCUUUUUUUUGUUCUUCUCUGAUGGUCACCCCAGCUGAGAUAACUGAAGGGUUUAUACUUUUCCUGUUGUUCAUUAGGCAUUUUAAAGCCCCAUAAUGUUGGCUAUAAGCACUUAAUCACAACUAUUCCGAAUAUAAGAUGGUGUAAUGAACAUGAAGACGUGUCAUGGAUGUAUUAUAUGAACUAGAUACCAAAAUGCCACCCAUUAAUUUGCUCGGCCGGCACUCAAGCUAAAAAAAGGUUUCCAGUUCACCGGCUCACUCAGCCUUUAGACUUUACUUUGGGAUUGUGUCACUUGUGUUAAAAUCACUAUUCUAGGCUCUGUGAAAGUUUUACCAAUAUACAGUAACACCUUCAUGGACUAUACAGUGGCCUCUGGGGUGACACCGUUUCCAGCUCUCUUAAUACAUCCACUGGACGUUUUUUAAGGUAGACCUCUUGUGAACUGCCCUUUCAGUCUGAACACAUACCAAAUCCAGAAGUGUAUGUGCUGUAUAUGUGUAUAAGCAUUAAGUUAUGUGAGUGUGACAAUACAUAAACCCCCUUUGGAUUUUGUGGGAAAAAAGAAAAAAAUGAUACUUAAACGUAGAGCAGUGGGGAAUUUCCAAUUGAUCUUAUAAACGAUUGGGUCAAAGUUGAUUCCACUUCAGAAGGCAGACAGGAAGUCUUUCUUUGUUGAGGUCUAAAUCAUUACAAAACAUUACAGUGAAGUUGUUUAUCAGUAAAUUAGCCCACAGAAUAUUCAGCCCAUUUGGUCUUUGUUACAAUCUGUUUAAAGUGUAUUGUGAUAAACUAUGACUGUUCACAUCAUAUCACACUUGGGGCUUGACCCAACUGGGACAAGCCCCUCAAAUAAGCGUUCCAGUGCUAUCAGCAGUUCUUCAUUGGGAAUUAUUAAUGUAGUCAGUUUUAACAACAACUAUUUUGCUAACUUGGAUUCUGACAUUUGAACAUGUUGUGGCGGAGAGGUGUCGCCAAGUUCUUACACUUCUUGUGAUAUGAUGUGAGCAUGGCACAAGUUCUGCCACACAAACCACUAAACCACUGGUCCAGUUUUUUGGUUUUUAUUUGAUGUAAUCAUUUGAUUUGAAUCUGAAUAGAAAGCUGUUUUGAUUUCACAUAAUGACUGUCAGAGUUCUGUUAUGUGCAAAACACACGUCAUAAAUGUUCAAUGUAAGCUGCUUUAACCUCGUCGGUGGUCGCCCUACUUGUUUCUUGCACUGGGACGUUUUUACAAAAGGACAAACAAACUAAUGUGAGCCACUCUGUUGAAAGAGGGGAACUGUGCCUGUGCCUUAUGUCGAUGCACUUGUGGCAAGAAGAAGCACAUCACACAGACUUUCUUUGGCAUCAACGAGUAACAUAAUCUCUGAUUUCAGUUCCGUUUCAUCCCAAUCACCAAUCUUUCCCUUUGUGUGAAUGCAAAGACCUUCAGCCACAUCUGACUGCAGCGACCCCUGCUAAUGGCACCUGACUCUGCAAAAGGAUGAGUUGUUUUCCUAUUUACCACUUUAGCUUCCCCAGUUUGGAAUGACGCUCUUCUUACUUUGCUUUUUAUCAUCAUAUAUUCUGUGUGAAGACACGUAUGUAUUUCUGUUAAUGAUUUGAGUGGCACAUUUAUGAUCCUGUGGAGUUUAACAGACAGGUAACAGCACUGAUGGGUCUGAUGUCCACUGCUUAAUGCACACUACUUGGCCGAAAACAUCUGUUUUCUCCAACAUGUUAAGAUCUUUAUGUCUUUGCACACUUGUUUUUCAUCUGAACAGGUUCAGAUGAUGAAAGCAUGUUAAUGUAUGAACUCUUUUCCUGUGUUUUAGGUGGAGACCACUUCGUUAAAAAUGAUCAAGACAAAUAGAAUAGGAGUAGAACACUUAACUGUUUUCUUUGGUCAUUUGACGAGUACAUAAGAAAAUCUUGCGGCGGGUCGGGAGGAAGUCAGAUGCGCAUCUCUGGGCGGAUGGCCGGCUAGUUAGCUAGUUGGUCUGACUCUCUAUGCUUCGUAACAUUACUCCUCCACUGCUCAUUCUAGGUAUAAUUGAAAAUGUGAUUGCCGUAAAUCGGUUAGUUUAUAUGGAGAUUAGCAAACUACAAUGUGCGUAAAAGCAACUGUACACAUAAAAUGGCUGCUGCUCUGACCAUCGUGCUACGUUGAUUUGAAUGGGAAGGUCUGUUUAACUCACACAAACACAGGACUUUGACCCAGGAGAACCCUGUUCAUGUCCCAUUUGAAACCAAAAGUCAACAUUUCUGCAAGCAUGAUACAAGACUGAUAUGGUUGUAACUAUUUUUUGUUCAGAAACGAUGACAUUCAACAUAUCAGUGGUUUGCAGAAACGUACAAUGCCAAAUUGUUUUCUGGCGACUGGGUUGUUUUAUAAUACAAUUAUUUGGUGUGUAAAGACGUAAAGAUCUUUGGUGACAACACCCACGAGAAACUAGACCUUUUGACCCAGUGCCUUGUGAUAACUCCUGAACACAAUCAUAGUAGCGCACUGCAUUUAUUCAUAUCUUAUGUUGUUUAAAGUAUCGCAUCCUUUUGAAGAGUCAGGUGAACCCACCUUCUCACCGUCUCUCAGCUUCUCUGUCGCUGCGUAUUAAAGUACUUUCAGAAAUAUUUCACAACAAAAUGGAACCUAUCUGUUGUAUUUGUUUUUUGAAUACAUGUACACAAGAGAAAUACAAAUUUUGUACGGUUGUAUUUGUAAAUAAUGUAUACACAACCACGUUGGUGCGCAUCAAACAAUAAGCGCUGACGAAGGGCAAAUUCUGCUCUUUUUCAAAAAGGAAAGCCUUUUUUAUAAUGUACAUCACUAUGUGUUUUAUAGUAAAAUGGCGGAAAAAUCAUUUUAACGGAUUCAUUGAGUUAGCAUGUACAGCAAUGUAUACAAUGUUCGCCUGUGGAGAGCAAGCUGGUUUUGUUUGUAUGCCUUCUCCUUCCUGUCCUUGUCUCUCCUGCUGAGCUCAGAUGUUUCACACAAACACAAACUUGCUCUCUUUUUGUUUUGUUGUUGUUCUGUUGGGCCCAAGGUCUUUGCAUUCUCUCCAGGUGUGAUGUGUGUGUGUGUGUGUGUGUGUGUGUGUGUGUGUGUGUGUGUGUGUAAAUUUGUGCUACUACGAGUGAGCUUUCGUUUUCUUCUUAUGCUCCACAGAAUGUGUUAAAUGAUUCUCAGAGAAGCAAACACAGAAACCAAAAGUAAAGAGAAGCAGACAAGGAAAUGAUGCACAGGGUGGGAAAGAUGGGAUUAAUACAGAAACAGGCAACAAAAAUCUAUUUACUAAAAAACACAAUCAUCAGAUUAAUCAUCAGAUCAUAAACAAUAUCAAUCAGACUGAAAAUAUUUCUAAAGAGUGCACAAUGCACACAUUCUGGUGUGUAAGUAACCUAAAGGUGAUACGAUGAUGACUCUGAUCAGACAUGACCCAGUAGAUUAUAUUGCUCAUCAAUGAAUAAUGUCACCCGGACUACAUUCUGUGAUUCAGCCCUGUGUGUUCACGCUGAGUGCUCUGUACUUGCUUCCUAACAUCCAUCUUGCAAAUUUCAAUUUUUCUUCAUUCUUCAGUCUGAAACUGCCGUUUAUGGAGUAGUUUUAAAAGAUGCCAAAAUAAAAGGCGUUGUUCAAAUUGACUGCAGUCGUCAUUGGAUCCUCCCCGACAAGAAAAAAAAAAAACAAGACGAAAUUUUACCUGCUGAACAAGAAACCUUUAUCGCUGCAGACUUCUUUGUGACCUCUCUCUUUUUCUUCAACUAUAUCUAAAUUAAAUUAAACAUGACAAUACAAUGAUCAUGCUGUAAGCAUCCAACAACUGCAACUUUCUUGAAGCUUUGACAUUGUCCCAAAGGGGUUGUUGACGUAACAGUAUACGUUAAAACAUAUACUGUCACAAAUGUCAGAGACUAGAGAGCUUCUUUUUAAUUAACUUCCGGGUUAGCUUGACUGGAUGCGCCGGUAUUAAGGAUGUGUUAUGUUUACAUUGAUCUACAGAUGGUGGUUCACCAAGUUGACAUUUCUGUAGCAGUCAAUAUUCCUCUCACUCUCUCUAUAAAAGACAGUGAAAUCUCAAAAACAGGACAAGCUGAUGGUUCAACAUGCUAAUUCUCAUCAAUAUUAUGCUUCCCUUAUGUAAUCUUUGUCUUUUCUUUACCUGCUGCUCUGAAUACUGUAAUGCCGACACACAGAACAAGAUGUCAUACAGCAUUGAAGGCAAUAGUAAGAAAGUCAAAACACAAGUUUUCAGAUGUUUUUUAGAUGCUGGUUUCAGGCCACCUGAGAAAAAUGUGACUUGACAGCGUCUAAUCCUUAACAAAACAGGAAGUCAUCCACUUCCUCAGGCUGAGCAAGACUGGACCAAAUUCCUUUUCAUCUGCAGUGCAAACAUUUCUGCUCCAACUUAACAGUGUACUGGGUGGAGAGGGGACAACAGAGAUAACACAGAGUUAUGAGGUAACCCAUGUUCAACUUCAUCGUAAUCGCACAUGUGUUUUAUUUGUAAUCGAUUUUUCGACACAAGGCCGUAGCUACAUUGUACUAAUGAUGGUCAUGUGAUGUCAAGACAACAAAGCUUCACAACGCCACACAAGUUUGAUUUUGAAAUCGAGCUUUUCAAUUCCAAAAAUCAUUUUCAGCACUUCGUAAGUGCAACAAUUUUCAAAUGUUUCAUUAUGGAGAUAAAAGUUAGUGAAGCCCAGAAAAAUAUGUUAAAAAUGAUGCACCGUUAUAGUUUAUACUACUACUUUACAUAUACAUACAUCUCAUGAUGUCCCUGAUCAUAUCAUUGAUGAUCCAAACAGAAACUGGGACAUGAUACAGUAUUCAAUCUACCCAAAAUGUCAUAAAACAGCUCUCCAGUGUGUCUUAUCUUCUGCCGUUUCCUGAAUCACCAAGUUUCCACAUUUGGUUGAUAUCUUCAUCAUCUUCAUGGAGCUAUAUCGUUCUGAUGGCACGUGGGUAAUCAUAUGUGUGAAACUGGUUUCCAGAGAGUUCUGAUUCCUUUCUUUGUCUCUUGAGCGUAAAAACAGCUGACAUGCAAAUAAGAACCAAACACGCCCUGGAGCUUUUUAUCGGUGUUAAUUAAGCUUUUUAUUCCAGGGAAAAUAGUCUGAACUGUCUCUUUGUGUUUUUUAAGGAGAAAAGCAGACGGUUGUUUAAGUCCACGCCUUAAUUCAAAGACACUAUUGCCCUCUAGAUGCCAACAAUUGUUGCAGAAACCGUGCCGUUACUUAAAGUCAAAUAUUCAAUCCCUUAGAACAGACGGAGGGGUCAGUUUAAAGCUGCUGUCGAGCAACUGUCCACAUUCGCUCAGCAUGAACUUAAGCUUCCUUCGGCAUAUUUUAAUUUGAUAGUUUUCACCCGACCCUCACGCUUAGCCCUCACAGAGUUCAGUCUGGGUCGUGCCUCCUGUCUUGUGGACCGUGUUAUCGGCCGAGUGAACCUGUGCCACCGCAGAUUAAGCCGCGAUCCACGCUUUCUUCACCCUAUGAUGGCGAGGGCGGACUCCAGAGAGAGCGAGAGAGUGUUUGAUCUGUGUUUCAGAGCAGCUGGAGGCCCGGAGUGUGGGCUUUCAGCGGGUUGGCUCGGUAGCUAACCUCAAGCUAAAAGCAAAAAGUAUUCAUUUUCGCGUGGCAUUAAAGUUCUUGUCCAAUUUGUAGAUAUUUUAGAACCACUGAUCUGCAUCAGAGCAAGACUGGCAACAAGUCACUUUGAAAUGCUCUCUGGCUGCUAUUUCUUUAUCUAACAAUAACUAUCAAAGGAUGAAAGUUAGCAGGAUUAGAGGCUUCCCUAUCAAUCACACAUUUGAUAUGCCAACUUAACUCUGUUAUCAGGGUUUUGACCCGUUUAUUUUUUUUUCACUCAACAGCUCUUUCUUUGUCGUUUCAGCGACACUGAUGGCUAACCGAGGACGUUUCAAAGUCGAGCGUCUUUUCUUUCACAGAAUGGCAAAGAUUUCUCUUAGAGAUGACUUUACUCUUGGAUUAUUGGAAUAAGAAGCCUAUAAAGAUGAGAGUGAUGAUUGACCGGGCGUCUCUGUGUCUCAUGCCUCAGCUGAAAGGAGAAAGGCUUUUCAUUUCUUUUUGUUUUUUAAAGAAUGUUACCUAAAAGCCUGCAUGAAGAGGAAUGACGUCUGUGGAAUGCAUUGCAGCUUUACUUGAACUAUGAAUAUGGAAAAUGUUUGAACACACAUUUAGAAGAAUGUGGCCCGUUGUUGGAUCAGUGAGGCUGGUUUAUUUGUUGAGUAAGUUCCCACAGAGAAGUGAUUUCAUCUGGUUAAAUAUUCAAAUCACCUGUGUGUCUUUGUGUCUGGUUUUAAUAUUUUACGAGAGUCAAACAGCAUUACAAGCCAGCUGUUUAACAUUGCCAUGCCGAAAAGGAACAUCUUUUCCUUGAUUUUUUUAUAGUUUUUGUAUGUUACAAACAAUUUGGCUUGCACAUUUUGGGUUCAGGUGUUACAGGAAAGCUGCUGCUGUCCUGGGAUCUGAUUCCACUCUAAAUGUCUCUAAAGUGUUGUGGUUUUCAACUUUUCAUCUGGUGGAUGGAAACGUUCUUCUCUGGUUGUCAUUUGCUUGUUUUGUUCAUCAAUUUGCUUUUGCCUGUGCU